AUGGUCUCAAUCCACAACCCCAAAUCCCCCCCUCAAACCCUCGAUUCCAAAGAAGACCCCAAACCCUCAACCCUCCACCGCGAGUUUACCAUCGACGAAGACAACAACAAGAAAGUCGCCCGCUCCGAUGAAGACGAAGAAGGCGGCGUCUUCACGUCCACUGCUGGCGGCGACUACUCCGGGGCCCAGAAGAAGACCGAUCCCGUGGAGAUCAGCCUUGUUCGGAAACUGGACCUCUGGAUCAUGCCGACGCUGUGGGGUAUGUAUUGGCUGAAUUACCUGGAUCGGAAUGCGAUUGCCCUGGCCAGGUUGAAUGAUUUGGAAGAGGAUCUGGGGUUGUCGAGCUCGCAGUAUCAGACUUGCGUGUCGAUUUUGUUUGUGGGGUAUUUGUUGGGUCAAGUUCCUAGUAAUAUGAUCUUGACUCGAGUUCGUCCGUCACUCUACAUGGCCGGAUUCAUGGCUCUCUGGGCAAUCGUGAGCGCGUUGACCGCACUGGCCAAGGACUUCAAGGGGCUGUUGCUAGUCAGGUUCUUCCUCGGAGUAUCCGAAGCCCCCUACUACCCCGGCGCCCUCUACAUGCUCUCCAUCUUCUACACGCGCAAAGAAAUCGCCACCCGCAUCUCCAUCCUCUAUACCGGUAACAUCCUCGCAACCGCCUUCGCCGGGCUCAUCGCCGCCGGUAUCUUCCACGGCAUGGACGACCUCGCCAACCUAACCGGCUGGCAAUGGCUCUUCAUCCUCCAAGGCGCGGUCACCUUCGUCAUCGCCGUCCUCUCCAUCUUCACGCUGCCUGACGACCCGCUCAAAACCCGAUGGCUGACCCCUCAGGAACGGGAACUCGCGCACGCCCGUAUCCUCGCGGAUACCGUCGGCGCGAGACACCAGACGAGCACCUUUGCGGGUCUGAAAGAGGCGGCGCGGGAUCCGAGACUGUGGCUGUUCGCGUUCAUGCAACAUAUGCAUCUUGCUGCGAAUGGGUUUAAGAAUUUCUUCCCGACAGCGGUCGAAACCCUCGGCUUUAACACCACCAUCACGCUUGUGCUUACAUGCCCGCCAUACCUCAUCGCGGGGCUCGUCUCUGUCUUCUGGAGCUGGAGUUCCGGUAAAUACAACGAGCGCACAUGGCAUAUUACAUCUGCCAAGGCGGUCGCGAUCGUGGGGUUCGUGCUGGGCUGCGCGACGCUGAAUACCGGCGCGCGGUACUUUGCGAUGGUGGUGUUUGCGAUCGGCACGUAUGCGGUGAAUAGUAUUGUGUUGGGCUGGGUGUCGAGUACGUGUGGGCAGACGAAGGAGAAGAAGGCGUCGGCGUUGGCGAUUGUGAAUACGAUUGCGAAUGUGUCGUUUAUUUGGACGCCGUAUUUGUGGCCGUCGUCGGAUGAGCCGCGCUAUACGAUUGCCAUGUCGUCGAGUGCGGCGUUCUCGGUGGCGUGUGCGGCCAGUGCGUGGGUGAUGAAGUUCUGGUUGAUUAGGGAGAAUCGGAAGAUUCGGCAGAUGAAUGAUGAGUCGGCGUUGUAUUAUGCCUACUAG